CUUCAGGUUCCCCGACAAUUAAAGCAUUCAUCAGACGGCUGGCAUUGCGAUGCUCAUGGGCCACCGAACCCGGGGAUGGAUUGGGAAGCGUCGAGGCCAUUUCCCCUCUGUCGAAGCCUCCAAACCUACCCACCGUCACCGUUUCCUUACCGAUCGUCCCAAGUCGAUGACAGCGAGACCAUAUAGAAAUCGAAGCACCAAUACUUCUCCUCUCUUUCUUGAUUCUUUUGGUUUUCUUUUCUCUUGGGUUUACCGCGGUGGGAUCCAGUGACGGAGCUAUUCUGGCGGUGGUUAGUCAAUGAGCGCGAGAGUCGUUGGGAGACGAUUACUGCUACUGUCGGGGCUACAUUAUGAGCGCAUUCAAAGUUUCCUACCGUCUCUCCCCUCUUUUUCACGACCUCCUCUUUAUCUCUUCAAGAUCCUCCUCCCCGUUAUCGCUACUCCAAUCUCGCCUCUUCUCAGGCUUAUAGUCAACCUGAGCACUUCAUCAUCAAAAUCAGAUGGACCUUUGACCUCUUCAAUUGUUUCACUGAACGAAUCAGAAAUUCUUUGGUCGUUUGUCUUCUGCUCUAGACAGAUUAUAGAUGAACAGUUCCACAUUUACGCCCUCUAUCAGCAGGUUAAACAGCUCAUAAUACCAGACCAUCAUCUGGUACAUUCAUGGAAGUUGUUAAGGCAGCACUCAGCCAUGUCUAUGCGACUCAAGAACAUGCUGUUAUAAGGGCUGAACAAAAAAGCUAUGGUUAUGCUCAAAUCGUCGCUUCAGCUGUGAACAUCUCAAAUUUAUUGCAUGAUGCAGAUGUUAAAACUGUGAAGGAAGGGUGCACAGCUUCAGGUUCUGCUGAGGUUGUCAAUGGAUCAAGAUACCUUCAUGGUGCUCGGGUAGGGAUUGUGGCUAAACCUUCUGCUGAAUUUGUUGGGGCAAUCCUUGGUACAUGGCUUCGUGGAGGAGUGGCAGUUCCACUCGCUAUAAGCUAUCCAGAAUCAGAGCUUUUGCAUGUGAUGAAUGAUUCAGAUGUAUCCAUGAUACUGAGCACUCCAGAGCAUCAAGAAACCAUGGAGAAUGUGGCUGCUAAAUGCUCUGCUAAAGUUUCACUAAUUCCAACGGUCACCAGUAUGCCAUCAAACAAUAUGUUCAGUGAACAUUCAGGGGAAGAAGCUAUUGGUUUGGUUGUUGAGUUGAUAAGGGAAAUUGAGGAUUCAUGCAUGAUUAAAGGAGAUGAUCCUGCUCUGAUUCUUUACACGAGUGGUACAACGGGUAAACCUAAAGGUGUUGUCCACACACACAAGAGCAUAAUUGCUCAGGUCCAAAUUCUGUCUGAGGCUUGGGAAUAUACAAAUAACGAUCAGUUUCUGCAUUGUCUACCCUUGCACCAUGUUCAUGGUCUCUUCAAUGCUUUAUUUGCGCCUCUAUAUGCGGGAUCAGUGGUUGAGUUCAUGCCAAAAUUUAGCGUACGAGGUGUGUGGCAGAGAUGGCGUGAUUCAUACCCUAAAGAUGGAAACAAAGCAGCUGAUGCGAUUACCUUAUUUACAGGAGUUCCAACUAUGUAUACUAGACUGCUGCAAGGAUAUCAAACUAUGGAUUCUGAUCUACAAAAGGCCUGUGCAUCUGCAGCAAAUCAAUUGCGUCUCAUGAUGUGUGGGUCUUCAGCUCUUCCAUUUCCCGUUAUGAAGCAAUGGGAAGAGAUAACAGGUCAUCGCCUUUUAGAACGUUAUGGCAUGACUGAGUUUGUGAUGGCAAUAUCCAAUCCCUUGCAUGGUGUACGAAAAGGAGGCACUGUCGGGAAACCUCUUCCUCGAGUAGAGGUGAAGAUUCUUGCAGAAGAUGGUAGUGAAGUUGGCACAAGGGGAGUGGGAGAGCUUUGUGUUAGAAGUCCCUCUCUGUUCAAGGAAUAUUGGAAACUGCCUAAGGUAACAGAGGAAUCCUUUACUGAUGAUGGAUUCUUCAAGACUGGAGAUACAGUCACAACAGAUGAAGAUGGAUACUACGUAAUUUUGGGGCGUACUAAUGCUGAUAUUAUGAAAGUUGGUGGUUAUAAGCUGUCAGCACUAGAAAUUGAAGCAAUACUUUUAGAGCACAAGGCAGUGUCAGAAUGUUGCAUUCUGGGCUUACCGGAUGAGGAUUAUGGGGAAAUUGUAUGUGCUAUAAUUGUGCCUCAUGCAGAUGCAAGUAGUGCAGAGCAAGAACAAAAGCCAGCAAUAACCCUAGAAGAUCUACGAAGUUGGUCCAAGGAUAAACUAGCUCCAUAUAAGAUCCCGACAAAGUUGUUUCUGUGGGAUUCUCUUCCUCGAAAUGCCAUGGGAAAGGUGAACAAGAAGGAGAUCAAAAAAUUACUGGAACAACAACCAUAAUUUAAGUUACAAAUUAACAGUGGCAUUUAUGGCUGAUCAAAAAAUUAGCAGCCCCAUUAGGUUAGCAAGAUCAUUUUCUUCAAUGAAAUCUUCUUUCCCAUCAAGGCACAAUUUGGAUCGUGGUACUUUUAUCUCUAUUUAUUACAGUGGCUUUAAACGUGUACCCGUCGGUCAUUGGAUUAUGUGACAAGUGGUAAAUGUUGUCUCCAAUCAAGUA